UUUAUGUUAUUUUAUCUUCAAAUAAUGUAGCCCAGAGAGAUAUUUAUGUAUAAAGUCAAAAUAUAAAUCACAAACACACAAGGUCUUAAUUAAUUUCUUAAUAAAGGUUUUUCGGAAAAUUUUUAUUUUAUAGGUUAAGGAAUAUGUCGUUGACACAUUUGACGUUCUCGGAAAACCAGUUUGAGUUUUCUUUUUUUUUUUUGAUUACCCAAGAGUCAAACAUGCAAUGCACUUACAUUGAUUGAGAAAUUUCUUGUUUAAAGAAUCCAUAUAAAACAUCUUCAAAAGAUUAUCACUAAGGAAAUGAACAGUUGACUUUUUAAUUACCAUGUUUGAAGCCAUGUAUCAUUAUGAAGUUGCUUCGAAAAACUAUAGAAUGGUUUUUCACGAUAUCAGAGUUGUCAUUUAUUUCAUAACGAAAUUAAUAUUUUGGCUAUUUUUCUAUAUAGAAGCUUUAGUAUGUUUACACGUAUUAAUAUAUAUUUUACAUUAUAAACAUACCACUGUAACACAUUAAUUUGAUAAGUCAUGAUUCAAUUAUCGAUGUUAAAUGUGGACAAUUUUGUACACACGUUUGUUCAAAAUUUAAGUUUAAAACUUGAAUUCCCUGUUUGUAAAAAUCACUCCAAAAUCACAUUUAUUAAGUAUGUUGAUAAAGCUUAUAGAAUUAAACAUCGAUCAUCAUUCGCAGUCGAAAAGAUCAGAAAGAUUGAUGUACAACAAAAUUUAGAUUUCUCUAAUGAAAGAAACAUACUAUAUUUCAUGAACGAGAAUGCCAGUUUCUUUGACAAAUUGAAUUCUUUGAGCAAUAAACAGAUAUUAGCUUCGCACUUAAAUAAUAUUAAUGCAAGAAUACUGCAGAAAGCAAAAGCAAAGAAACGAAAUAUUGAGAAUAUUAAGAAAAUGGAACUCAAAGUAUUGAAUAAAAAUAUAUCUUGUAAGAAAAAAGUGAAAGCAAGUAUAAGGCAUAAAUUGUGCGAAUUGAAAACGGAGGUAUUACCUAGAUUCCAUAGAGAUAAGAAUAUUAAUUUACAAACAAAUACGAAAAGCAAUUUUAAUGAGGCAGCUAUAAUUGAAGAUAAUGAUAGAAUCUGUAAUGAAUCUACUCAUCCUAACAGUUACAAAAGUAUUGAUCGCUUUGAACCAAAAUAUGGUGAUCGGAAAACAUUGAUUAAAAAUAAUUGGUCAAAAAAUCUGAUAGACAUUACAAAAGAGGAAAUAGAAACGGCAAGAAAAAUCUUAUGGUUCCAUGCAAAAGAUAUAGAAUUUCUUAGGAGGAAACUGCAUGUUUCUCUUUAUAUUGCAAAGAAUAAAAAUUAUGGUGUCGACACAAGCAACCGAAUGAUAUACAAUCAACUCCUCUGUCACCAUGCAAUUUUAUGUUUGAUCGAGCCAAGUGACAAAGUUUUUGUUUUAGUCGAGGAUGAUUUAACGCUUGUUAUUAAAAAGUAUCUAUUGCAAGGAUAUAACUAUCAUUUUGAAUGUCAAAGAAUUAUAUUAUAGGAUCACAAAGAGAUGAAAUGUUAUUAUUUCUUUAAUAGAGAUUCGCAGAGCUAUUUUACUGCUUUGAUUACUUUAAAUCGGUGGGCUAAAGUUUUAGUUCAACACUCAAA